AUGGGACAAAAGUACGAUUUGGAAACUCGCAAACAUAUCGAACAUAAUAUCAUAUCAUUUAUAUCUUCAUUUAAUUUUAGGGUGAUGGAUCAAACUUUCACCGGCGCCGCCGCCGCCGUCGAAACCCCGAUUUCUGACGAACUUUCGCCGUUGGUCGGGGCGCUAAAAGCCUCGGCCAACCGAAACUCCGUCCCAUUCCACUUCCCCGGCCACAAGCGCGGCCAGGCCGCCCCGCCGGAGCUGGCCGGCCUAAUCGGAAACGAGGUGUUCCGCCACGACGCCACCGAAUUGCCGGAUCUCGACACGUUUUUCGCGCCGAAGGGGCCGUUGCUCAAAGCCCGGAAACUGGCAGCCGAGCUGUUCGGAGCGAAGGAGACGUGGUUCUUGGUCGGCGGCACCAGCUGCGGCGUCCAGGCCGCGAUCAUGGCCACUUGCUCCCCCGGCGACACCAUCGUCUUGCCGCGGAAUGCACACGUUUCCGCCACCACCGGAAUCAUCUUUUCCGGCGCAUUGCCGGCGUACAUUGUCCCGGAACAUAACUGUGAAUGGGACGUCGCCGCCGGCGUGACGCCGUUACAGGUGAACUCGGCCAUCGAAGAAUCAAUGGUGAAAGGGCGAAAGGUGGCGGCGGUGUUCAUGACGUCGCCAACAUACCACGGCGUGUGUAGCAAUGUCGCCGACAUUGCGAGGGUGUGUCAUUCACACGGAAUAAUUUUGAUCGUGGACGAGGCUCACGGCGCUCACUUCAAGUUCCAUCCCGAUAUGCCGAUGACGGCUCUCGACCAGGGGGCCGACAUCUCUAUACAGUCCACACAUAAAGUUUUAGGUUCCUUCUCUCAAUCAUCGAUGCUCCACAUUGCUGGAAACAUCGUCGACAGGGAAAGACUACACAAAUGUAUACACAUCCUUCAAUCGACGAGCCCCAACUGGCUCCUAUUAGCGUCGCUCGACGCCUCCCGGCACCAACUCAGCGCCAAUCGGGACACCCUCUUUAGCGAACCGCUAUUUCUCGCCAACACCACUAAAUCAUCCCUCGCUAAAAUUCCCGGAAUUACCAUACUCGACUUGUCGGCAUUUCCCGGAAACUUCCCGGCAAUCGACCCACUAAGGAUCACCGUCGGCGUAUGGCAACUCGGCCUAUCGGGAUUCCAAGCCAACAAAAUCCUUGACAACGAGCUCGGCAUCAUUCCCGAGCUCGUGGGCACAAAAUCUGUCACCCUGGCAUUCAGCCAGGGGACAGUUAGACAUCACGUCGACAAAUUGGUGAAAGGAAUUAAAUAUUUAUCGAUUCGAUUUUCGGGAUUGGCCCGGCCGGCACGGGUUUUAGCCAAUCCGAUGGCGGCGGCGUUCGGUAAUACGGUGAUGGUAUUGAGCCCGAGAGAGGCGUUUUUUGCGAUGAAGACGAAGAUGAAGUUUGAAAAUUGCCCGGGAAAAAUUUGCGGGGAAUUUGUGUGCCCGCAUCCUCCGGGAAUACCCGUGUUGGUCCCCGGAGAACUGAUAACUAAAAAAGCUUUGGAAUAUUUACGAGAGAUUAUUGACAAUGGUGGGUAUGUUAUGGGCACUGCUGAUCCUAUGCUUUCUUCCAUCGUUGUCUGCAUAAUAAAUAAUAAAAUUUAA